CGCAUCACCGAAUCGAUACUUAGUGUUGUAGACUAAGCAGAGCAAUCACUGGGAAGUUUGGGAGAAAGCACGGGCUUGUGCUAAAGCGUGACUUUAGCUUCGCUGGGUUGCGAGGGCGUUACCCUUGCUUCGCUGGUAGUAACGGUGGCGGUUGCGCUAGCAGUCGGCUCCUGGGGAGACUAGGACUGAAAGUACGGUCGCCGGGUUGAUCUGGUGAUGCUGACAGUCGGCUCUUGGAGAGACUGGGACUGGCGCGCGGUCACCGGGUUUCAACGAGGUUGAAGGUUUGCUCCGGGAAGGCUUUGUAAUCGCUAGGAUUGAUUGAUUUGAGAGAGGUCCUUGUUUCGUCCUUGAAACCUGGUAUAUAUACCUAGGGUUUCGACUGCUCCUUGCCACAGAAGGAUUAUUGGUUGAAGUUUCCUAUUCAAUCCUCGCUACCCGACUCCAAUAAGGUUUCGUUUUCCUUAUGGAUCACGGAAUGGGUGAAGCUGUAACCCAAACCCGAGUAGGCUUAUUUUUGGGCCGCAGGUAUCGGCCCGCUGUGCUGAAUCCACUAAAGGAUCUUGCCAAAAUUACUUUUGGGCUCAAACAUUGCCCCCCAGGCCCCGAUAUCAGGCCCACUAAGAUGUAACUGAUAGAAGGGGGCUAAAACGACAUGUCCGGUGAUCGAAACGAUGUCAUUAAUGAAGGUUGCGUCUAUUCGCUUGGAAAAACGUCUUUUCGUCGCAUCGUUUCCCUCACAAAAUCUUUUAUUUAAAUACCGUAGCCAACUAGAGACCUGUCACAUCAGAAACCCUUCCAGUCUCCUAAACCCAGAAAUCUCUCGCUCCAUACCCGCUUUACAGAAACCCAGAAAUGGCUCCCCCAAAGAAGGUGAUCAUCUAUCAGGAAAAAGAGCUCACUGAGAAUGUCGCUCGCACUUGGGGAGCCAACAUCGGCGGCCGUUGUCGUAUCCAUACCUCCGUCCAGAGGCCUCUGCUUCUCAGACUUCCAAACCAUCACGCCGGACUGGGUCCGGCACCGCGAGAUUCCAUUCCUGCUGACGCUCUCACUCUCUAUAGCCUGCCCAUUCGUUGACCCAAUCAAGUCCUCCGGAGGACCCCUGCGGAUUUCAGCAGUUGGGGUGCGCAGAAUCAUCGAGCAAAAAUAGGGCAUUGGCCGUCCAAAAUUAGCGAAGAUGAGCUUUCCUGGUAUCAUGAAGUAAGAGCACGAGAUUUGGCUCGCUGGAACGUGGCAGGUAUUACCCACACUAUUGAUUUAUGCUUUCGCCUUCCUCGCGGUGGGAAUCGCUCACCACUCGCUGCCUUCCUUUGCUUCUGGCAUACUGCUACCAAUACCUUUGAUUUUCGAUUUGGUCAAAUUAGUAUAACCUUGUUGGAUAUCCUCACCAUUACUGGAUUGCCCAUCGAUGGCGAGCCCUACUUGCAUGGCCAAUUCGAUUCUGACACCUUCACAUCAACCAUGGACCAAACUGGUCGCGGUGCUCAUAGCGGCUCUUACCCGCGGUGGUUGGCUUUCUAUCGCAAAGAGCGCAAUGCGACUGGUGGCAUUGCUUUUCUGGAGUAUUGGCUCUGUAAAUUCAUAUUCUGCACCUCCUCCUGUAAGCCCACUGGUGCUUGGACUCUUCUAGCGACAGCUCUCUACAAUGGCCGCCGCGUAGGAUUAGGACAACCAGUGUUGGGUGCCCUCUACCGUACUUUAUAUCAGGCCACUAUGCAUCCUUUUGAGACCAGCAUUUCUGGCCCUUUUUGGAUCCUUGAUUUCUGGAUUCAAACUUAUUUUUCAUUCUUCCGCCGCGACGACAUUCCACUACUACCACCAACUAAUGCCCUUCUUGGUCACUGGUUUUGUCGCGAUGCGAGGUACAUAUCUCCCCCCUAUUCUGAAUGCUUCUCAUAUUUGUAUCUCCUGCACGAAAUGCCAUACUGCGACUUAAUACUCAGUAGGAGAUACCCCGCUCCUCUUGAAAAUGGGUUUCUUCCCGGGGCUCCUAAUUAUAGUGAUCGCGCGCGCUUGGCCUUUCGCCGCGCGAUCUCUUGUUCAGACAUUAGGCUCGCUGUUGAUGAACUCAGUUAUGAGCUCUAUGCCCCCAACCAUUUUGCCCGCCAGUUUGGUCUUAUUCAGCUGGUGCCUUUUCCCCUCUAUGAUGCCUGGAAUUUCAAUACCUCUUGGCGACGAAUUGGUCCCUCUGAUGGACCUCCGCCAGAGCAAAGCAUGCUCGCACUGGUCGACCUCCCAGACUGGGCUAAUAAUAUCGUCCCCGUGGAUGGGACCGCUGAAGAUUAUGAUCAAUGGUGGAAGGAAGUUUCUGUUAACUGCUGGAGGCAAAGGGACGACGAACUCUUUGCGGCCAUCUUCGAAGAUUUGAGAUAUCCUUACGAUGCUGAUACUGAAGCACUCGCUUGCUUCCAUGAAGAUGAAGAAAGACCUCCACCACCCGAACCGGCUCCGCGACCCGCGCGAGCCCCGCGCUUGGUUCAAGCUGGAAUUGUUAUUCGCGAGCAGCCUCCAGAGGGACGCGCACCACCUUCAGGCAGUCGCGCAGUGGUUGUCUCUCCGGCCACCGGUCUAGCUGCUAAACAAAAAGCAGUACUGAUCAGGCCUGAAGUAGAGGACACUUCCUCUGACGAUGAUAAUCCUCAAACUAUUGCCGCUGCUCUAGCACGCAAACGCAGCCGCGCUGAGCUCAGGACUGAUCCAUGGGCAGAAGAUGAACCAGCCGCUGAUCGACUGGUUCGUCGCAGGCUUUCAAGGCAAGUUGGGGAAGGAUCCUCUGCUGCCGGCGAGGGUGUAUCUGAUACAAAAGCCCAAGAGAUCAAUGGUGACCCUCCCUCUGCGAUCAAUGCGGCAGACCAAAUGCAGUUGGUUGUAAUUCCAGAACCAGUUAUAGUUGACGGUCCGCCUAAGGUUGAAGACAGGAUGUCUCUCCUUCCUACCUUCCGCGAGGAACCCAUUCCCCUUCUGGCAUCGACAGUGCCUGACUUGGAUCCAACCUUUGGUGAGGCUGCCCUAGCGCCAACAGUAGAUUUCCGCGAGCUACCGGUUGAAGAGGGUCCAAACGCGGAAGCAGCAGUAGAAGAAAUAGCAGACCAGGAUCCUUCUGAGCCUGUUCCUAAUGUGGUUGGCCAGGAACCUGCUCCCCAUGCACCCCAAGUCAUCGAAGCUGGGGAACCUGAAGAACUUCAUGAACCAGUGCCUGAAGCUAUACCUGUUGCGGAGCCUCCUGAGGCCCCUGCCGCUGAGCAACCUACUCCAUCCACUUUAGAACGAUUAGCUCACGUGCUCGAAGUGACUCCACCUGGGGUUGUAGAUGACGCCAGAGAAGGUCUUCGUCGUCUCUUGGGUCCCGAUAUAUUGAUUCCUGGCGCGCCCGCGAGAGUUUUGGAGUAUCUGAGGGUGCUUCUUCGCGAGGGCGCUGUCACUGAAGAUCAAUUCCAAGAGGUUGACCAACUGCUGCAAGACCUCCCACAAGGGCUUAACGAGAGGGUAGUCGCUAACGCGCAGGCUAGGCAGACUGAAACACACUACCAAGCUCUUACUCAUCAAACUGACAAUGCUCGUGGUUUUUUGGGUGAUCAAGCUGAUCUCAUCAGGGAUCUGACACUUGAGAGAAACCACCUGAGAUCCCAGAUUCUUUCUUUUCAGGCCCGCUUGAUCGAUGUCACUGCUAGGCUUGCCCACGCGGAGCCUCAACUGGAACAACCCCUCGCUGCCUUCGAGACGCUGUCCCAAGAACUGGCCCAAGCCCGUGUGGCAGCCCAACAAGCUGCUCAAGCUGCUGCGGAUGCUAGCUUUCGACUGGACGAGCUCUUUCUCCGCUUGACCCGAGCAGGCCGGAGACUUUUGGGCCUCUAG